AUGCCAAAAAAGAGAGCUUCCAACGGUAGAAACAAGAAGGGUAGAGGUCACGUUAAGCCAGUUAGAUGUUUAAACUGUGCUAGAUGUGUUCCAAAGGAUAAGGCCAUCAAGAGAGUCACUAUCAGAAACAUGGUUGAAGCCGCUGCUGUUAGAGAUUUAUCUGAAGCUUCUGUUUACGCUGAAUACGCUUUACCAAAAUUAUACAACAAAUUGCACUACUGUGUCUCUUGUGCUAUUCACGCCAGAAUUGUCAGAGUUAGAUCCAGAACUGACAGAAGAAUCAGAACCCCACCACAAAGAAAGAGAUUCACUUCUGACAGAAAGGUUUCUCCUCAAGAUGCUGCUAAGAAGGCUAACUAA